CUUUGAUUUCGAAAAUGUGCUUCAUCUGUAAUUUGAAAAUUUAUUGUCAAUCGUUGAUAGCAAAAUCAGUCUCAUUUUGCUUUUUUUACUCUGUAUAGAAACAAAAAAGCGAAUUUUCAUAUUUUCUAAAUAUGGCAUCUAAACACAAUUUAUACGGCCACUGAAAUGUAACUGCACAGAUAUAUCGAACAGAUCUAUCUGCCAACUCGCAUCAGCUGUUCUUACCAAUUGAAUAAUAAACUCCAGAGAUAAUUGCAAGGAAGCAUGAAUCAAUUGACCAACAAAAUUGGCACUUUUGUAUGCCAAAGUGUACAAAUUGCUGGCUGUGGUCUCCAGCAAGUGCGCACCAAAUAUGCCGAUUGGCGUAUGAUACGCGAUGUUAAGAGGCGUAAAUGUGUGGCUGAAAAUGCCAAAGAGCGACUACGAGUAAAUGCUCUACGCAAAAAUGACAUCCUACCUAUAGAAUUACGUGAAGUAGCUGACGUCGAGAUUGCUGCCUUCCCUAGAGAUUCGUCUUUGGUGCGUGUACGUGAACGUUGCGCACUUACUUCACGUUCUCGAGGUAUUGUACACAGAUAUCGUCUAAGUCGUAUCGUAUGGCGACACCUGGCUGAUUAUAACAAAUUGUCGGGCGUACAGCGCGCCAUGUGGUAAAUUGUUGCAGAUUUUCUUUCAAUUAUCAUGGAAGUAAUAUUUUGUAAAUAAAUUUAAUAUAUAUAUGUAUUUAAAAAAUAAUACAAUUAUUUUAAAUGAAUUAUA